GGGCACUUUGGGAAGGUGGGGCUGUACUGCUACGACCCCACCAACGACGGCACCGGGGAGAUGGUGGCGGUGAAGUCGCUGAAAUCCGGGAGCAGCCCGGAGCUCCUGAGCAGCUGGAGGAGGGAGAUCCAGAUCCUCAAGACCCUCUACCACGAGAACAUCGUCAAGUACAAGGGCUGCUGCAGCGAGCAGGGGGACAAGGUGGUGCAGCUGAUCAUGGAAUACGUCCCCCUCGGGAGCCUCCGGGAUUUCCUUCCCAAGCACCCCCUGAGCCUUUCCCACAUCCUGCUCUUCGCCCGCCAGAUCUGCGAGGGGAUGUCGUACCUGCACUCCCUGCACUACAUCCACCGGGACCUGGCUGCUCGGAACGUGCUGCUGGAGAACGAGCAGGUGGUGAAGAUCGGGGACUUCGGGCUGGCCAAGGCCGUCCCCGAGGGCCACGACUACUACCGGGUGCGGGAGGACGGCGACAGCCCCGUCUUCUGGUACGCCCCGGAAUGCCUCAAGGAGUCCAAGUUCUACUUCGCCUCCGACGUUUGGUCCUUCGGGGUCACCCUCUACGAGAUCCUGACCCGCUGCGAGCCCGGGAGCAGCCCCCCCGCUAAAUUCCUGGAGCUGAUCGGAGCCACCCAGGGCCAGAUGACGGUGCUGAGGCUGGUGGAGCUCCUGGAGAGGGGGAAGAGGCUCCCCAUCCCCAAGGAUUGUCCCUGCGAGAUUUACCGGCUGAUGAAGAACUGCUGGGAAGCAGAAGCUUCUUUCCGCCCUUCCUUCCACAACCUCAUCCCGAUCCUCAGGAACUUCCAGGAAAAAUACCGGGCUCAGGCCCCCUCCGUCUUCAACCUCUGCUGAGAUUCUCCCCCCUAGAAUUCCAGGGGGGAAACGCCACAAAAAAACUUCAUGGAUUAUGGGGAAGGACCCCCCACCCCCAAAAAAGAAUUCCAUGGAGAGGUGGAGACACCCUAAAAAUUCCAUGGACUGGGGGAAAAGAACCCCAAAAAAAUUCCAUGGAGAGGUGGAGACACCCAAAAAGUUCCAUGGAUUGGGGGAAAAAAAACCCAAAAAAAUUCCAUGGAGAGGUGGAGACACCCUAAAAAUUCCAUGGAUUGGGGGAAAAGAACCCCCAAAAAUUCCGUGGAGUGGGUGGGGGAAAACACCCACAUGGACUCUGGAUUCCCGUUUUCCCGGCAGGAUGAGGAAAUUCCGGGAUGUGGAGACGGAGCAGCACCAAAAAUUCCAGAUAUUUCCUCCCCCACCCCAAAAAUUCCGAACACUGUGAAUGAGACUGUGGGGACGAAGAUUUUUUUGGGAAAAGGGGGUGGAUUUCUGGGGGUGAUUUAUGGAUUUAUGGAAUUCUGGCCUUAUUUCCCCCCCCUGGUUCAUUCCUUGAGGGGGGGGUUGUCCUGACCCCAAAUUUUGGGGAAGGGUUAAUUUUUUUGGGAUAAGGGGAGGAGAGGGGCUGGAUCUCCUUCUUUCCCACCAGGAAUUUGGGGCCCCCUCCCCAAAAACAAUGGGGGGUUCAGCAAAAGGAAUGUGGCACUUUAUCAGGAUUUUGGGGGGGUCUCGGGACCCUCCCCUGACCUUUGCCUUGGGAGGGUUUUUUGGGGGGAGAGGUCUCAAAAUUCCCCCAUCCCCAAAUUCCCUGUUAUUUAUUGUCAAUUGUUCCCCCCCACCCUGGGAUUUUGGGGGGAGAUCCCCCAGGAUUUGGGGUCCUGGAUUUGGGACUCUCUGGAUUUAGGGAGGUCCUGGGGGUGGGGUGGG